ACUUCCCGCCACCGAGUUCGUCCACUUUCGCAGACCCCUACCUCGAAAUCAUGCAGAUUUUCGUCAAGACUUUGACCGGCAAGACCAUCACGCUCGACGUCGAGCCCAGCGACACCAUCGACAACGUGAAGCAGAAGAUCCAGGACAAGGAGGGCAUCCCCCCGGACCAGCAACGCCUCAUUUUUGCUGGCAAGCAGCUCGAGGACGGCCGCACCCUCUCCGACUACAACAUCCAGAAAGAGAGCACGCUGCACCUCGUGCUCCGGCUGCGCGGCGGGAUGCAGAUCUUCGUCAAGACGCUCACCGGCAAGACGAUCACGCUCGACGUGGAGCCCUCGGACAGCAUCGACAAUGUGAAGCAGAAAAUCCAGGACAAGGAGGGCAUCCCUCCGGACCAGCAGCGCCUCAUCUUCGCCGGCAAGCAGCUUGAGGACGGGCGCACCCUUUCAGAUUACAACAUCCAGAAGGAGUCGACGCUCCACCUCGUCCUCCGCCUCCGCGGCGGGUCCUAAGGGGCCCGCCGCGGCCGCCCGCCGCCCGCGCGCCCGCCCGCCGCCCGCGCGCCCGAGCGCACCAAGCGCGCUCAGCCUUCUUUGGCUCCCCACGGUUCUCGCCCUCGCCCACAGCGUAAGCUCGUAGAACCGUU